UUGUAUCAUAUAUAGGCAUAGCUAGUUAUUCAAGGAUACACUAUUGGUUGAGUUGAGAAGUAUAUUAUAUAUAAGCAUUCGCAUACUCAAUACAAGAUUAAAGAGAAAUGGAGAUAGAGAAGGGAAUUAAGGGGGACAUGGAAAUGGAAAUGGUGGAGAAAGCAGAGAGCAAGAAGAUGAACCACCGUCGACGUGGAGGAAUCCGAACACUACCUUUCAUUUUUGCAAAUGAAGCGUGUGAUAGAUUUGCAAGUGCUGGAUUUCACAGUAACUUAAUAAGUUACCUAACCCAAGAACUGAACAUGCCAUUGGUAGCAGCUUCAAACACACUCACAAAUUUUGGUGGAACAUCUAGCUUCACUCCUCUCCUUGGUGCUCUACUAGCAGAUUCCUUCAUUGGACGCUUCUGGACCAUUACCAUUGGAUGCCUCAUUUACGAACUCGGUUUGAUUAGCAUCACUAUAUCAACUACACUACAUUAUUUUCGUCCUCCACCAUGUCCAACACAACUGAAUUGCCAAGAAGCAUCAUCCUUACAACUAUCACCACUUUAUAUCUCUCUCCUUCUCACAUCUCUUGGAUCAGGCGGCAUUAGGCCUUGUGUUGUUCCCUUUUCGGCUGAUCAAGUCGACAUGACGAAAGAUGGCGUUGCGUCUAGGAAGUGGAAUCUGUUCAACUGGUAUUUUAUCAUCAUGGGUUUUGCUUCUCUGAGUGCUUUAACAAUUGUGGUUUAUAUUCAAGAUAACAUGAGUUGGAGUGUGGGACUUGGCAUUCCCACCAUUGCGAUGCUGAUAUCGAUAAUUUUGUUUGUGUUGGGCUCGCCGUUUUAUAAGAAUGUGAAACCAGAAGGAAGUCCUUUAGUCCGUCUAGCGCAAGUGGUUGUCGCUGCUGUCAAGAAAAGGAACGAGACAUUGCCAAAUGAUCCUCAGCUUUUAUAUCAAAAUAGAGAACUUGAUGCUGCUAUUUCUUUAGAAGGAGAUCUUUUACACUCAAAUCAAUAUAAGUGGUUGGACAAGGCUGCAAUUGUCACAGAAGUUGAUGCAAAAGAUUCAAAUGCACCACCAAACCUUUGGAAUCUAGUGACUGUCCAUAGAGUUGAGGAACUAAAAUCCAUCGUUAGAAUGCUUCCCAUUUGGGCUUCAGGAAUUUUACUCAUAACUUCCUCAUCACAUUUAGGUAGUUUCGUAAUUCAACAAGCUCGUUCGAUGGAUCGCCACCUCACUCCCUCAUUCCAAAUUGCUCCAGCCAACAUGUCGAUUUUCAGUGUCUUAACAAUGAUGACAGGAAUCAUUCUAUACGAGCGCCUUUUCGUCCCGUUUGCUCGUAGAUUCACAAAGAACCCGGCCGGAAUAACGUGUUUACAAAGAAUGGGAGUAGGCUUUGUGAUCAACAUUAUAGCCACUAUAGUUUCAGCACUAGUGGAAAUAAAAAGAAAAAAUGUUGCUGCAGAAUACAACUUAUUGGAUAGUCCAAAAGCGAUUAUUCCAAUAAGUGUGUUUUGGUUGGUACCUCAGUAUUGUCUACAUGGAGUGGCUGAAGUUUUCAUGUCUGUUGGACAUUUGGAGUUUUUGUUUGAUCAAUCACCUGAAAGUAUGAGAAGUAGUGCUACUGCUUUGUACUGCAUAACUACUGCUAUUGGUAACUAUAUGGGCACAUUGUUGGUAUCAUUGGUUCAUAAGUAUACUGGUAAAGAGAGGAAUUGGCUUCCAGAUAGAAACCUUAAUAGAGGAAGAUUGGAUUACUAUUAUUUUCUUAUUACUGGGAUUCAAGUUAUAAAUCUCAUUUAUUACUUAAUAUGUGCUUGGUUUUACAAUUAUAAGCCCUUGGGUGAAGUUUGUGAAAGAGAAAAGGAAGAAUAUUUGGAGCAAGAGAGUACAAGUAUAUCAGUUGACAGUUUAAAAGAUGGUAAGGAUGAGGACAAAAGAGGUAGUAUGGAAAUGGUAGAAAAAGAAGUGGAGAUAACACAUAACAAGAAAAGAGGAGGGAUCAGAACGUUACCUUUCAUUUUUGGAAAUGAAGUGUGUGAUAGAUUUGCGGCUGCUGGUUUUCACAGUAAUUUGAUAAGUUACCUAACCCAAGAGUUGAACAUGCCAUUGGUAACAGCUUCAAACACACUCACAAAUUUUGGUGGAAUGUCUAGCUUCACUCCUCUCAUUGGUGCUCUAUUAGCAGACUCCUUUCUUGGAAGGUUUUGGACUAUUACAAUCGGAUGCCUCAUUUACGAACUCGGAUUGAUUAGUAUUACAAUAUCGACUAUUCUCCCAUAUUUUCGCCCGGAGCCUUGUCCAACGCAAAUGAACUGCCAAGAAGCCACAUCCUUACAACUAUCAACACUUUAUGUCUCUCUCCUUCUCACAUCCCUUGGAUCAGGUGGCAUUAGACCUUGUGUUGUUCCUUUUUCAGCAGACCAAUUCGACAUGACAAAAAGUGGUGUGGCAUCUAGGAAUUGGAGCCUGUUUAACUGGUACUUUUUCUUCAUGGAGUUAGCUUCUCUUAGUGCUUUGACAAUUGUAGUUUAUGUUCAAGACAAUAUGGGUUGGGGUUGGGGCCUUGGCAUUCCCACCAUUGCUAUGUUGAUAUCAAUAGUUUCAUUUGUGUUGGGGUCACCAUUGUAUAAGACUGUGAAACCGAAAGGAAGCCCUUUGGUUCGUCUGGCCCAAGUGAUUGUGGCCGCCGUAAAGAAGAGGAACGAGAAAUUACCUAAUGACCUUAAGCUUCUAUAUCAAAAUAAGGAACUUGAUGCUGGAAUUUCUUUAGAAGGAAGUCUUUUACACUCUGAUCAAUAUAAGUGGUUGGACAAGGCUGCAAUUGUUACAGAGAAAGAUGCAAAAGAUUCAAAUGUAUUAUCACCAAACCUUUGGAAUCUAGUGACUGUCCAUAGAGUUGAGGAGCUAAAAUCCAUCAUUAGAAUGCUUCCAAUUUGGGCUUCAGGAAUUUUGCUCAUAGCUUCUUCCUCACACAUACAUAGUUUUAUGAUUCAACAAGCGCGUUCAAUGGACCGUCAUCUCUCUCGCUCGUUCCAAAUCUCACCAGCCCAUAUGUCAAUUUUCAGUGUGCUAACCAUGAUGACAGGAGUUAUUCUAUACGACCGUCUUUUCGUCCCAUUUGCCCGUAGAUUCACAAAGAACCCAGUUGGAAUCACAUGUUUGCAAAGAAUGGGGGUAGGCUUUGUGAUCAACAUUAUAGCCACUAUAGUUUCAGCAUUAGUGGAAAUAAAAAGAAAAAAAGUUGCUGCAGAAUACAACUUAUUGGAUGAUCCAAAAGCGAUUAUUCCAAUAAGUGUGUUUUGGUUGGUGCCUCAGUAUUGUUUACAUGGAGUGGCUGGAGUUUUCAUAUUUGUUGGACAUUUGGAGUUUCUGUUUGAUCAAUCACCUGAGAGUAUGAGAAGUAGUGGAACUGCUUUGUACUGCAUAACUACAGCUAUUGGUAACUAUAUGGGCACAUUGUUGGUAUCAUUGGUUCAUAAGUAUACUGAUAAAGAGAGGAAUUGGCUUCCUGAUAGAAACCUUAAUAGAGGUAGAUUGGACUACUAUUAUUUUUUUGUUAGUGGGAUUCAAGUUAUAAAUCUCCUUUAUUACAUAAUAUGUACUUGGUUUUACACUUACAAGUCCUUAGAUGAAGUUUGUGAAAGGAACAAGGAAGAAGAUUUAGAACAAGAUGAUGCAAAUAUAUCAGUUGUGAAUUUAAAAGAUGGUUAAGAGAAAGAUAAGAAAGGGUUUGUAAAAGAUGAAUGAAACUAUGGUUUGGUUGAUACUAGUUGGUAUUGAUAGUGAAUGUUCCACCUUCUAUGCAAAUUUGUAUUUUAGAAUUGGAAUUAAGUUUCUUAUUUAUUUUUUCACAUACUUCUAUCAUUUGACAUCAAAAGGUAUAAAAAUGAAUU